AUGCACUUGGAUUUCAUAUCAAAGGCUAUUAACUUUUUUGUCCCUAAGUUUCACCUCCCGGCCCACAUCGAGAAAUGCCAGACCACUUUCUCAUUCAACUUCAAGCGAGGUGUUGGUUGCACGGAUGGCGAAGCUCUGGAGCGCGGGUGGGCCAACAUCAAUCCUGUUGCAUCCAGUACGAAGGAGAUGGGCCCCGGUGCGAGGCGCGAUAUGUUAGAUGAUUUUUUUGGAGAUUGGAACUGGAAGAAAAUUGUGGGACUCGAUCAGUGGCGGUCGCAAGUAGAGGCCUGGGAGGACGACCCGUGUCAGCCCAACCCCUUUGAGCGAAAUGCAGACACACUCGCGAAGGAAGAAGAAAUAGAGAUUCAUAGUGGAGCUUGCCUCACACUGCACGAGGAUUGUUCUCCAAGUGUACUGAUUAGCUCGGGGCUCGAGCUCGAGGAGCAUCAGCAACGCUUGAGAGCUGACAAGGCCAGGUGUGGCUUACAUGUUACAGAUACUCAGCAAGGGAAGUUGCUCGAGCGGAGUAACGCGCUACAGCGCAGAAUCGACGCCUGGGUAAAAAUACAAGAACUUUACAUGCCCAAUAUCGCUGCCAUACGACUCUCCGAUAAAGAAACCUCUGCAGACACCACCUCUGUACCUACUUCCAAAACGUUCAAGUUGUGGCUACCAUCGGAGAUCGGCAGGUUGGCACCUUGUGAUGAACGACUGCAACGGAUGGAAUGGAGAUUAAGACAUGCACAAGGUCACGAUGCUCUCCGUUCCUUGCGCUCCAGCCUUCGCGCGCAGACAGCCGUUCUCAAAUAUAAAGAUCGCAAUCUUCGAGGACAAGGAGCCAAUACUCGGGCGCGCAGCACGCUCAAGACAAUUGAUGCAAGAAUCGAGGCUGCCGCCAGCAGAUACGAAGGUGCACACAAGGCUCUAGUGAUUCUGGGCGGACUCUUGAAUGUGUCCGGCUGGCAGUCGUCACUGCGUCCUUUAAAUCGCAAGGACAUUCGCUCGAUGUCUGACCUACUCUGGGGUGAAUCGGAGGGCAGGCGUAAAUUGUCGUGGAUAUGGAACAUGCGCGGUGCUGGAGGAAGUGAAAAGGACGACAGUGGGGCUUUAGAAGACAUGCGGAUCGAGUGGUGCAAGGCACGCGCUCGUGCGAUGCGUUGGGGGGAAGAAGUAGAAUUGUUGCGAGAAGAAAUGUGCUGUAUAGUGGCAUUUCUGAUGUGGGAGGCAGGGCGCUGGGAUGAGAGGCAAGAUGGUGUUAUACCAACCAGCAUGGAACAUCGGGACGGAAAACGCGAUGCAUCAAUGAGAGGGAUGCAUCAAAGGGCGGGAGGGAUGCAUGAACCUAGAAAACGCGAUGCAUCAAUAUUAAUGUACCUGGUAGACACAAAGGCUAAAGUUCGACCAAAUACUAGUAGUGACCUGCGGGCACCCGCGGGUAGCUCGAAAUUUGGAUGUUGCUGCCUGUACCCGCCCGGGUUCCACCCGGGCGGGUACCCGGGCACUCUCUACCGAGGACAUCCAGGAAACGGCCAGUCUGGGGCCAAAGUCUGGGGCGGAGUCUGGGGUCAAAGUCUGGGGCUGCGGCUGACGCGCCGCACUGCACUUGGUGACAUCAAUGAUCUCGAUCAGUACUCAGUACUCCCAGUGAGAAUCAGCUGUGCUCGAAUAGGGCUGAAUGUGUUGAAAUGUAUUAUGCGGAAUACAAUCGGUAUACGAAAGCAGCUGGAAAAUAGUGAAACCGAUGCGAAACAGGUGGAGUAUACCUCGAAAACAGCGGAGGAGAUCGAAAAUGGGAAGCAGAAAACACAGCAACGAAGUGGAUUGACGAUCAUAAUUUUGACUGGUUUUGGUGCGGAGAAGCACGAACAUAGCAUGCUAACUGCAUGUGUACUGGCAGGAGGCACGAUGAUGGCGGGUGGCUUUGGAAUUGUCACAAAGCAAACACGUGACAAAAACAAUUCAAACUCAGCCCGGGUCAGCCGUGUUUGCCGAACGCCCCAGACUCUGGCCCCAGACUCCGCCCCAGACUUUGGCCCCAGACUGGCCAGAUCUCUGACAUUCACUCUCUACCCAUGUCAGGCCCUACCAUAA